AAACGCACCUAUCAAAUCAUUUCGAAAUAUUCUAAUCGUCAUUGCUCUGCAUUCGUCGUUGGCGGGGAUAUCAUGUGAAAAUACAUUUUCUAUAUAAUGUCAAAGAUUUAAUAGAAAUUUCAUAUCUGAUAUUACACAUUUGAACACUAAAUUACCCAUCGUCAUGUCUACAGAGCCGCACCAUAACCGCACUUUCGGCAAGCUCUUCCACCACGAACAUCGUGAUGAGCAGGGCGGAAAGCCCGGGGUUGCCGAAGGAGCCUCGGACACGAAGGCACCAAAGAAAGAAAGUGAAAUCCACAAGCUCGAAGGUGAUUUGAAGAAAGAGGAAGCGAAGUUCAAAAACUAUAUGCAAAAGGAUGAGCAGCUUGAAGAAGAGGGGAAGACAUACGGGGGUUUGAUGUGAGGUUACGAUUCUAUACCUGGGCCAGCAUCUACAUUAUCCGAGGGUUCGACCGGUGCAAAGAUUUGCCAAGCCCAAGGGUUAUUCGAUAUCACACUAUAGCUAUAUAGGAUAAUUAAAUUGAUUCAGAUUAUUG